CCUGUAGAUUCGCCACUGAACACCCCUAUCCCCACCACCACAAGAACUGCGAUGGAUGGCGGCGGCGGCGUCGGCGGCAGCGGCGGCGGCGAGUAUGGCAAUCUCAACGACCCCAUCCCUUCCCCCACAAGAUCUGCGACGGCGGAUGGCGGCGGGGAAGAUGUCGUGGAGGGGAGCCCUCCGCCGUUCAAAAUCCGCAAGCUGGGCGCUCCGGGUACGAGUUCAAUUCUCGCUGAGGAUCAGAGUGGGGCCAUGGCUGCCAGGGACGGCAAGAUCGGCGUCGAGCGGAUGGAUUCGGAAGAGGCCAUUGAGUCGAUGGCUGCCAGAGGCGGGCAUGUGGAUACAGAGAUGACCCAAUUCAAGUAUGGCGAGGUUGCGGAUGAGGAGCUUCGGAAGGACAAGAUGAACGGAGGCAAAUCAAAGCAGCAGAUCAAGAACCCGGAGGAGGGGGAUGUGGAGAUGGACCUAGGCAAAUCAAACUCCAUUAUCUCUGAGCAGGAGAUCAAGGAGCUCUGUGCGCAGAUGGACGAGAUGGUCGCUUUUAUGAAUUACAGGAUCAUACCUUCAGCCCCACUCAUCUGCAGCAGCAGCAGCAAGGAGACGAAAGAUGAACAUGACAAGGCACCACAGUCGGGGAUUGACGGCAUCUUACAGCGGCUAGCUGAUGUGCGCCGUGACAUGUCCAAGCUCAAAUUGGAACUGACCCCUUUCCGGCACAAGUAUCCUUAUGAGAAGGUGCUGACUUCUUCAGAGGAGAGGGAGAAGAGGAUCAAGUCCAGGCUGGAAUAUGAGAAGAUGGAUAAUAAGGAGAAGGCCAGGAGGCAGAUGGAGUUUGACGCGAGUGACUUUGAGGGCUACUGUCAAGGCUUGACAUCUUUUGUUGAACACUUUGAAUUCAUAACCCUAGUGAGCCCCAUGCACUUUACAUACUACACGCCCAGACAGAUCCCACACUAUCUUGCUACCUACGGGACCACCUUGCAGAUCUUGUCUUUUAAAAUUGCCAACAUCGAUUUGGACCUCAAAUGGCCACUCAAAGUGUAUGGUGUCGUCGCCGCACGAGACAAUGUGGAUCGUAGACGCAAUAUUCUCUUCUUGAGGGAAAGGGGGAACUUCCAAGAGAUCACCCAAGAAAAACCCUUCUUGUGUUUGACUGGCCCAUCUCGUGCAAUUUUGGCUAAGGACCCUGUUGACCUUGAAGUCCAACUAAAACUUAAAGGCACAACAGAGUCUGAAGACAGAGUGUUGAUCACUAAAAGAUGCCAGUACAGUGGCUAUCAUACCGAUAAUGGUUUAUAUACUCUUACCUUGAAUAACCGUAUUUGCACAACAGAGUUAAGCCUGCAGCAACUGUACUGUCAAUCAGUCCAAGCAACUUUCUUGCAUGUCGGUGGCUUUGUUAAAGGCAAUACAUCCCCUUUCAUUCAUGGAGGCCGAGUUGCCUGCUCCUCACCACCUCAUGGAGGCCAAGGCCUGCUCCUCACCACCUCAUGGAGGCCAAGGAACUGCCCCGCCCACCCAAGUUGUGUUGCUUGA